UCACGCUGGUGAAGCUCUUCGCAGACACUCUUUGAUUAAGUCUUAGUGUUGAACAGUUAGAUUAUUCUUGUCAUUACCUACAAAGAUAUGGAUAAAAGUUUGACACUAGCUUCUUUGUUUGGUAUUGUAUUUGUGCUGAAAGUAACGGAAUAAUGCAGCUUUGACAACUUCAAUCGUUCCGUAUACCUGAAAGCUGAUUGGCUCAGUUACACGUCGGUUCAGCGUCUGACAAGGAAACAAAUUCUCAGUUCUUCACAGUGUGCACCAGUACAUCUGCAAAGCAGCUCUGAUAUGACUAAAAGAAGCCUAUCUCUUCAGCUGGUCCAAAGAGCUUAGGUACAGAUGAAAAUUACCAUUCCGAAAUGUGACAGGAUGUUGAACCACCACUGCAGAAGGAACCCUGAGCUUCAUGAAGAGCUGCAGAUCCAGGCUGCAGUGGCAGCAGGGGAUGUAUACACUGUUAGGAGAAUGCUGGAGCAAGGAUACUCGCCAAAGAUCCGCGAUGCCAAUGGCUGGACACUGCUUCACUUCUCAGCAGCCAAGGGAAAAGAGAGAUGUGUUCGAGUUUUCCUGGAGCAUGGAGCUGACCCCACAGUGAAGGACUUUAUUGGUGGCUUCACCGCACUUCACUAUGCAGCAAUGCAUGGCAGAGCACGCAUUGCCCGACUGAUGCUGGAGUCAGAGUUUCGAAGUGACAUUAUAAAUGCAAAAAGUAACGAUGGCUGGACGCCGCUGCAUGUGGCCGCCCACUAUGGUCGAGACUCAUUCGUGCGGCUGCUGCUCGAGUUCAAGGCCGAGGUAGACCCUCUGAGCGACAAAGGAACCACGCCACUACAGCUUGCCAUAAUCCGCGAGCGCUCCAGCUGUGUACGGAUCCUCCUUGACCACAGCGCCAACAUUGACAUUCAAAAUGGCUUCCUGCUACGCUAUGCUGUCAUCAAAGGCAAUCACUCAUACUGCCGCAUGUUCCUGCAGAGGGGAGCGGACACUAAUCUUGGACGCCUUGAAGAUGGCCAAACUCCCUUACAUUUGUCAGCUCUAAGGGAUGAUGUGUUGUGUGCCCAGAUGCUCUACACGUAUGGAGCAGAUACCAAUACUAGGAAUUACGAGGGCCAGACUCCGGUGGCUGUGUCUGUCAGCAUGUCAGGGAUUAGCCGGCCUUGUCUGGAUUUCCUGCAGAAGGUCACAAGACAACCUCGGACUCUACAAGAUUUGUGUCGAAUAAAAAUCCGUCACUGUAUUGGCCUUCAAAGCUUGAAAUUCUUGGAGGAUCUACCACUUGCAAAGGUUAUGAAAGACUAUUUAAAACACAAGUUUGACACUGUGUGAAGCAAUAACACAAGAAUAGGAGAGAUGACAAAUCUCUUAAGAGACUAUGCAAUCAUCCUCAUCUGAAAGGAAAGGUACAGAAACCAAUUGUGAACUUGUUCACAGGGCUUUUUCUUCACCUAGUUCUCAGUGCAUUAAAACAUUUUCCCCACUUUUAUUCAAACUUUUUACAAUAAGAAAAGUUGCCCAAGAAUGGAAAUGGAUACACCUCAAGUUUGUUUGUUUUUUGUGGUUUUGUAGAAAAGAGAAACCUCGUUUGACUGCAGAAAACAUUCUUGCUGCACUUAGGAUUUUUACUCUUCAUUUUCUUUUUGUAAAUGUGCAUGAUGCUAUUCUCCAUGGGUAUACUCAAAGUGUAUUGAUUGUCAUUUUGUUUCUCAUUAAACCUUGUUUAAAACAAAGUGCUUCAAUGAUCAUGAUUAUGAUUUCAAAAUGAUAAUAAUGAUUUCAAAAAUGCUAUGAAUGCUAAUUAUAAUUGUUAAAGAAGCAAACAACAAAUUCUCCAGUGCGCUCCCUGAUUUGUUUUACUGCACAAUAUUGAGCCUGAAUCCAAAAGGCACUGCAUUUACAUUUCUGAAUCACUCCUUACAACAGGCCUGUCUCAGCUGUAUUCCUCACAUUGAUGAAAGGUGUGUUUGAAAGGAGUAAGAAAAGAUAUGGAGCUUUAGGUGGGCAGGAAAUACAGAUUCUGUGUUAUAGCUAACAGUAGAAUACUACUAUACAAACAUGAAAACAAGUUGUAAAUUAUUCCAAACAAUUAAACAAACUUUCAUACCAGCUAGUUUUUUGUUUGCUUGUCCAACCAGAUUGAGGUUCAUUUUAAAAUAAAUUGAAAGGUUUCAAGCUUCUACUGGAUGCUGUGACAAAAGCAGCAAGAAUAUGUUUUUAUUACAUUUAGUGCAGCAUUGCUUUUUUGUCAUGGACAACAAUAGACUAUGCAGACAUAUUUUGACUUUAUUAUGACACAACAAUAUACCCAGUAUAGACUUUUGCAACCGAGGUUAACGCUUGAAACUCUGUCACUUAAAAGGUGGGCUCUCAGUUUCUGUGCCAUAUGUAGUUAUUGAGCGUGUUUCAAAUGUGACAUUCAUAGCAUUACUGGUUUGAUCAAUCUGUUCUAGUGACAACAUCCUGUCAUUCCAGCAUAAGUCACAAUUACAUAACUGUUAAUCAUGGCUAGAUUCAGACAUCGUGUGUCUGGUAGAACAAGGUUACAUUAAGAUAUUUGAUGGUUUGUCAGAAUUGGCAGUGUAACCACCUUUUCAAGUUGAGUUCUCUGCUGUUGUCAUGUCUUUGUGUUGUCUGUAUUUUAUUCAGCAAAUACAAAACUAUCCUGCCCCACUCAUUGCACACGAGCACUGAGAAAGGAUGAUCUCUGUUCUACAUCGGGCAAAGUAAAUAUGCACAGACCAGCGUCUCAAUCAGUGUAAAUUAGAAGCAGGAUUUAUAAGACAAAUGCUGUCUUUGUGAUAAAACUCACAAGAGACCUACAAAGUCAUAAUUUGUUACUGUGACAGCAUCCAGUUUUCUUUGUUACGUAUUGACACCAAUAUGUAAAAUUGAAAUUGCCUAAUUUAAAAAGAGCCGUGAGGCUGCUUAUUUAAGCAUGAGGUCAAUCUUUCACAUGUUAAUGGGGAAAAGUUUUCAUGGAAGCAAGAAUAAUAAAGUCCUGAAUUAGUAACAUGGAUAUACAAUCACUAGAAGCUAAGAUCAGUGUAAAUAUGUGACAUGAACAAGAGAUAUUUUUUGGAGAAUUUAUUUAAACAAUGAUCUCUAAAUGUAUUUAAAGUUUGGAAAGUAUUGUGAUCUGUUUGUUGUGACUCAUGUUUCUUUUGUGCAAAUACAUGAAACGUUUGGAAUCAGUGUGUUUGAUUUCUAUUGCAGAAAUGCUUUCUUAAAAUUAAAAAACUUGCAGUUAAGUGUUCUGGGAGAGAUACUGUGAAUCUUUUUUUUUACUUAUUACAAAAUAAAAU